AUGCAAUUCACUUCUCUGCUCGUCCUUGCAACCUCUCUGGUUGCAGCUUCUGCUCAAAACGUCCUUCUCACCAACGACGACGGAUGGGCGGCUACCAACAUCAGGGCCCUCUACCGCGACCUCAAAGCGUCCGGACAUAACGUUGUCAUGGUGGCCCCUGCUAGACAGUACUCUGGGAACGGAGGCAGAUUCAUCAUCCCGACAACCCCGAACCUCACUGCGGCCGCGGUCUUCGACUAUCCGCCAGCUGGGUCGCCGGCGUGGGGCCACGAGGAGGACGACUCGAAUGUGUGGUAUUUCGACGGGUCGCCGGCCGCGUGCGUGGCUUUCGGACUCGACUAUGUGGUUCCCAAGUACUUUGACAACAUGACCAUUGACAUUGUUCUGGGUGGUCCAAACGAGGGCAACAACCUCGGAGAAAGAGACUAUGUUCUUUCCGGAACCAUUGGCGCCGCCUACUACGCCACCGAAAGAGGCUAUCCCGCCAUCGCGUUCUCCGGAGCCAACUCCAACAACUCGUUCUUCAAGGACAACCUGGACGACGAUCCGGACCACGCUCCCAACAUCUACUCUAAGUACGCCGUCGAGGUGGUCGAGACGCUGGCAAAAAGCCCAGACGACCGUCUGCUGCCGGAGUCGUACGGACUGAACGUCAACUUCCCUGCCGCGGGCUCCGACAUCGACGCCUCGUGCAGAGAGCUCACGUUCAGACACACGCGGUUCACCGGGUCAAAGAGCCUGGCGUACAAGGUGCAGUACGACGACACGGCGGAGAACAUGAAGCAGACGACGCUGGCGACCGGCGCGGUGCAGAACUGUGCCGCCGGCGACUGCGAGCUGCCGGACGAGUUCACGAUCAUCAACAACGGCAACUGCGAGGGCACGAUCUCCGUGUUCACGAUCGACUUCGACGCGAGCGAGCCGCUCACCGCGCAGACGCUCUCGCUGUUUGAGUCUGUGCUGGGAAAAUAG